AACAGUAGGAGAACCGGAAACGCAGGAAACGUCACAUCCUGAUUAUCACUGUGAACGACAUUGUGAAAACUGCCUGGGGCAAGUAGAAGUCGCGUGAACACAGGGUCAUCUCGUCUUUGACAUAAGGAUAUACAUGUACACUCAAGUAUCUUAUGACUUUCAAAUUUGCUGUUAAAGAAAUCACAAGCAAACAAUGGGCACAUUUCGCACAAACCCUCUAUUCUGAAUUCUACAAUAAGAAUUAAGUCGUACUGAAUUUCUAGAUUGUAACGCAAGAAGGAGAGAGGGCGUUGCCCAAGGUUGUCACAAGUCAUCGGACAGGGUAUAAUUCUUGCUGGGAGCGGUGCUUUUCAGUACAACACUAUUUACUGGGAUAUCUAGCUAACAAACGCACCAAAUAUCACCGUUGUCCGACGUGUUUUCUUCACAAUUUUCACCUGAAGCUGCUCCAACUUUUGCCCAGAUUGCAUAGAGUUCUGUAACCCCGGGAAGAAAAUAACAACUUCCAAUUGACGGAAAUACGACAUUAUACAGAAGCACAAAUACAUUUCAUUGUCUGUUCAUGUCAUCGCAUGAAUGAAAAGGGUGGGUGUCUUGACGCCACCAUCGCUAAUGCUAUGGUUAAGAUACUAUCAUUUUUUUGCCUCGCAACGUCAUCUGAAGUAUCUCGUGGAAAGCGGUUCGCCAGUGUAAAAGAUUAGACAAGUCAGGAUGUCCCGCUCUGUGUCCAUUCCGCCCAUCUUGAAACUGUACGUCCUGGUGUUCUGUGUGAUUUUACCCGCCCUGUGCCACAGAAUGUACUUCUCCGUCUACUACAGCCAGUACCUCCACAUGGGUGGGGAGAACCCCAACUCGUACUCGGGAAGAGUUAACAACGAACGCCGGAGUCAGGCCAAAACAUUCUUCGCUUCAAAAACGGACGGUGGGGCUACGAAAGCUGCGCUACAAACACACACCAAAGUGAAGUUAGCCAUUGGGGUCCUGACUGUGAACAGGCGUUUACGGACGCGAGACGGAAGCUUCUAUAACCCUGGAUAUCUUCUUCAAACGGUAGCAGCGAUUCUACAAGAAAAUCCACCUUUCUCGACUCGCGUUCUGAUUUGUAACGUUGAUCCCGACCCCCUCUCUCAUUCCGACGCCGCCUUCCUGUCACGAUUUGUGCCCGUUCAGUCAAAACUCCAGCAGGAGAAUAAGCAGAAAACUCCGGCCUCUUCAAAUGAACAUGAGAAACUUAAGGAAGACUACGUCUUCUGUUUGAACCAAACCCUGGCUCUUAACUCCGAGUACAUCCUCAUCAUGGAAGACGACGCUUUGGCAUCGCAUGGAACAUUCGACAUCUUGGACCACGUCAUACGGACCAAGCUACAAAAUAAAUACCACGGUUUUGAACUGAUGAAAAGGGACUCCACAAAAAGUAUCAUUAAACUUUUUUCUCCGCAAUAUCACCAGCGCGAUUUCUUUACGACAAAACCAGAACGAAUCAUUAUCAAUGGACUUGAACUCCUAGGGUUCGGUAUUGUCGGUGGAACAGCGAUUAUCGUUUUUCAUGUCCUGCUUGUUCAAAAGUGCAAGCGACCCUACGUGCUAGACAGGAGGUUCUUUAUCGCUGCUGUUGUCUGCUGUGUUCUGGCGGCCCUGGCUAUCUCCAGACCACAUCUGCUGGAGUUGAGAAGGAUAUCAAAGCAUCUUUACCUCAUGAUCGAGGCCAACGACUGUUGCACGCAAGCUAUUUUGUACCCCAAAGGCGCUGCUUUGGAGUUGAUGCCUUACAUGCAAACCUCCGGAAGGCAUGACCCCGCACCAUUGGACGGGGUUCUGGACGAUUUUGUGAGGAAACGUGGGUAUAGACAGUUUGCCGUGGAGCCUAACUUGUUUUCACACAUAGGGAAAUAUUCCUCUCGACAUCAUUCAAAACUGAUAUUUCUUCAGCACUUUGUAUAAGACUUCAGUCAAAUAAUGUCAAAAUUAUAUGUUACUAAAAAAAAAUAAACCCCAUGCAAAAUGAAUGCAUGUUUUACUAAGGGUUAAGGUAUAUUCUCUAAAAUUUGAAGAUUGUGCCGUGAUUUUAAGAUACGUAUACCACUACUUCCGUUCUUCCCUUUGUAGUAUAAUUAGUCCUUUUAGUAUUCCUUCAACGUCGUCCGAUCUCUAUUUUGAGUUCAUGACCCAGGAUUUGUGGACCGGAAGUCUGUAACUUUGUCCCCACUGUUUUUAGAAAAACAUAAAAUAUUAUGUUUAAACUAUGAAAGAAAACGAUGGGACCACGUGUUCACAAAAAAGCACAUCGAUGUUUAAAAAUCGUUUUAAUACAGUGCUGUGUUAAAUGGGCUGUUGCGUUAUGAUUCAAUGAGCAAAAGGUGGUAUCUCAUUGUACUUGGGGCACCGGUGCGGCACUGCGGGGUUCGAAAAAUUACGUAGCAAAUUUCAGAGAUAAAGAACGAAUUUUCUUACAUUUUGUGUAUUUUGUUGUCUUCUGAGUCAUAAUUGUACUAGUACAUACUAGUACAUACUAGUACCAGUACGGUCACAUUCGUCGUCGUACAAUUUUGUUGUCGUAGAGUUUUUAGGCAGAACAAAUUGCAACCACCAACAAAAUGUCUUUUUGGCAAAAAGACAGCUAGAUUUUGCAAGAUUCGUGAACAACUGCCUGUCCCUGGUUUAUGAUCGUACGACGCAUGAAGCCAGGCCCUUAUACCCCCUCACAUUACCCAAAAAUCGAUCGGACGACGAGUCUGCGAGCUC